GUCAAAAUGGGCGUAAAACCAACAGCUUUAAAAUAUAUUUUAUGUGAAAGCUAAUGACCAUUACUUAAAUUUAUACUAUGACGGCAAUCACCCAAACAAUCGGUGAGCAGAGAUAUUCAGUGAUGUUCAAACGUAUUUGUUAUAGAAUCCAAAAAAAAACCGGAGAUAACACGACACGAUGUUGUGCAAAGCUAGGCCAAAGAAACCAAUCUAUUGGUUGGUAACCUAACGGAAUUACUACAUUCCAUCCCUUUCUAACUUCUCUCUUAAUCAGGCGCCGACCAAAAAACAAGGGUGCGAGCAGGCCGGGCAAUGCGCGUCAGUCGUUAUUCAUAUUUUUCAUUACUCAUGCUCGGAAAGUAGGUGUGUUCAACUUGUGUUCUGCUGUUUUUGUUAAGUACAAUGGAAGAAAGACAGUGUGUUAUGUGUCGACGCUCUGUUUAUCGACAAAGACGUCAUGUUUUGCAUGAAGAUAUUCCUCAGCGCGAUCCACAAAUGGCAGCAUAUAUACGAGAACAUGCCGUGAUACAUGUUGAAUUCAAUAACGUCUAUUCAACGUGUCAUAGAUGCUGGCAACGAUUAACUAAUGAUGUUCCAAGGAUUGAAGAAGUACAUCCCAAUGAAGCAGUGCAGCCUAAUGCAGCUAUACAACCUCAGGAACGAACUUUAGAAGUAGAUGAUUUUAUGAGAGCUCCAAACAGAGCAGAUCGUUGUAUUUUUAAUAACUGUCAUAACGAAACACGGUUACGAAUUCCUAUGUCUAUAAAAAUACACAUGUUAUGUGAACAUAAUUUGUAUAUACCUGGAGAAGCUAGAGCGUGUCGACAGCACCUUGAAAGCAAUAACUGGAAUGAUUUAAUUAACAACUGUCGCACAUAUCACGAUUUUAAUGCUGCUCAGUUUACAGAUAUUUGUAAUAUUUUUAAAAACGCUGCUUCGCGUGGUACAAGAUUCGAUUUUGAUUCAAUGACUGAAUUAGACAACGAAGACUUGUUUUUUUGGGUAGGAUUUAAUUACGAACAAUUUAACAUUAUUUUAAAUCAAACACCCUCACUCGCAAAUCAAAGUCGUCCCCGGACAGUACUUGGAGUAUAUUUAACAAAACUUCGCACAGGUGAAAGUAAUGAACGAUUGGCAUCAUUGUUUGGUAUGUCUCGUCGAACUCUAGAAAGAAAAUUGAAAAUCGCUAGAGAAUGUAUAGAGGCAGAAUUUACCCCUUUACAUCUAGGGUUUGACCAUAUCACAAGGAAUAAUAUCUUAGAGAGGAAUUUGUUGAUACCAAAACACAUAUUCGGUAACAGUGAAAACAGCAAAGCAAUAGUUAUUUGCGAUGGUACUUAUAUUUAUAUAGAAAAAAGUUCUAAUUUUUUGUUUCAAAGAUUGUCUUACAGCUUGCAUAAGUAUGAGAAUUUACUAAAACCCUUUAUGAUUGUCAGCACUGAUGGCUACAUUUUGGAUGUCCUAGGUCCGUAUGCCGCCACUACAUCUGAUGCAACAAUCAUGCAAGACAUUAUGCGUGAUGAAAAUAGUGCUUGGCAUUGGAUUUUUCAACAAAACGACGUUAUUUUGGUUGAUCGGGGUUUUAGGGAUAGCUUAGCUAGUAUUGAAGAGUGGGGUUAUGAGGUACACAUACCACCCACAAAAGACAGAAACGAAACCCAAUUAACAACGGACCAAGCCAAUAAAUCGCGAACGAUUACCAUUAGCCGCUGGGUAGUGGAAGCCAUGAAUGGCAAAAUAAAACAGUGUUUUAGACUGCUGCGACAAACAUAUAUUAAUAGAGCUCUUCCCCACAUGUUUGUAGAUUUCAAAAUUGGUGCUAGCCUUUUAAAUGCUUUUCGCCCAGUUUUUGAAAACCAUCGACUAGCUUCAGAUAUAAUAAACAUUAUUGAUGAAAAAAUAAACAACCCGAAUCGUUUAUUCGAUUACGUCGAACUUAAAAAUCUGAAUCGACAACGUCGAGACUUUGUAAGAAUGGAAGCAAAUCUACCAUUCCUAAAUGAUUUUCCACGUUUAACAGAGGAAUGUAUAGUGCUUCACGCUUUGGGAACUUAUCAUAUAAAACUGGCAAAAUCGUAUGUCGCAGAACAUUUCCGCGAUGGUGUUUAUUUAAUUGAAUUAUAUAGAGAGGAGUCAUUAGAUGAUUUAAACAGAUGUAAUAUUCUGCAAACUAAUGUGUGGUUGCUUCGAAUUAAAAUACAGUCGCGGCAUGUCAGAUCGCGCACAUAUAACACUUACAUUUUGAUCGAUAGAGACCAAAUCGGUAGAAAUGCGAUAGUUGAGCAUUACUGUACUUGCUUAACAGGCAGAAGAACAGUAGGAAGUUGUGCCCACAUAGUUUCAGUUUUGUGGUUUUUGGGGUUAGGACGGCACGAGCCUUUCAUUGCACCCGCAGAACAUUUAUUAGAUGUUAUAGUUGAUGAUAACCAUUGAUAUUUAAAUAAAAGGUAUCAAUAUUUAUUAUUUUAUUACAAAUAUGUGUGUUUUAUUUAACCAAUCUUUGGGACUUUUUUGCAGUGAUACCCGGUCGAUAUUGGGGUUAACAAGUAUUUAGGGGGUAUUUAGAAGUACAAUAAAGUAAAUUACAACACAUUUUAUUUCUGUUGGUUUUACGCCCAGCUCUCAUACA